GAAAUCUGCUCUCAAUCACAAUUAAUUAGAGCAACAUGGUGAGGGAGAGGAGUGGGAAGCGCCCCCUCCUCGUCGGAGAGUUGAUGGCGACGGGGAGGAACGGGGUUGCAUCGGUCGGAGACCUUGAGUUCACAGAUAAUUCGAGCUGGAUUCGGAGUCGGAAGUUCAGAAUCGGUGCAAAAGUAGCACAAGGGAGCUUCCCCGGCGUUCGCGUUCGCGAAGCCAUGACCGAAGCUUUUGUCAAGGACCACCGCGGGGAAUAGGCUCUUGAUGAAUUUAAUUCGGGACAUCUGGAUUUAAGUGGAACCUUGCUAAGACCGUUUAACGUACAAUAUAGUGCCUAUGAAGACUACUGUUACAAAUGUUUGCGCUCCGGUGGAAGUUGUGGAUCCAAUCGAGCUUCUUCAUUUGUAUUUGCUUGCUACUGUCGCGAUCGACCUUAUGAUGUAGAAUGCGGAGGUAAGGGCAGGACUUCUCUUCGCAAGAGCAAACUAAAGCUAAUUACUGGCAGGACUUCUCUUCGCAAGAGCAAACUAAAGCUAAUUACUGGUACGCCUGCAUCACCAGUACUCUAAUGACAUGAUUUGAUUCUAAUCUUUUUCCUAUUUCUUGUAACCAUAUGAUAUUUUUUGAGUAAAUUGUAGCCAUAAGGUAGUAAAUGGUCCUUGUCUGU